GUAUCUUUCUUAUCACUCACCGAAUUUGAAGCCUAUUUGGCACAAUGGCACUGUCUUGUCUUGCACAGUUGCACGUUGUCUGUCACGGCGUCAGAGCCCAYAGGGGAAACAUCUUUGACAGCUCUGUGGCGUCAGUGCUUACUGCUUACUGCCACUUUCCUGCAUGCAGUUAUAUAGCAACAGUAUAAAAUAUAAAUUGUUUACGUUUUCGAUCGAUGUCAUAUACUAUCUUUUGGCACAAUAGUUUACUUUGAAGGGUCAGUGYACAUUUCCAAGUGGGUAAGUUCAUUGAAUACGUUGUGUGUUUAUACCCAUCUACAGAUUCAUAAUGCGUUCAUUGAACACGUUUUUACGACCAUCGGCAGGUGUCCGAAACAUAUCCAGUUUGAUAUUGCCUGAGACUCAUUCAAAACUAAAGAAUGUGUGUCGAGAAUUUUCAGAAGCUGAGUUACGACCGGUUGCCGCUUCACUAGACAARCAACAGUUGUUCCCUUCUGAUCAAAUUAAAAAAUUAGCUGAUUUAGGAAUCCUAGGAGUUGUAGUUGACAAGAAAUAUGGUGGUUCAGGUGCUGACUCUCUUGCAUUAUCAGUAGCUGUUGAGGAAAUAUCGAGAUGCUGUGGUGGAACAGGUUCGAUUGUAAGUAUUCAUAAUGCUCUAUAUGCAGGUAUAAUAAAUAAAGUUGGUACUCCUGAACAAAAAUUGCAAUUUCUGCAAGAUUUUAUUAGUAGAGGUAUUGUUGGAUGUUUUGCUCUCAGUGAACCAGGAAGUGGCAGUGAUGCUGCUAAUAUGCACACUUUAGCAAAACGUGAAGGAGAUCAUUGGAUACUGAAUGGUACAAAAGCUUGGGUGACAAAUGGUAUUGAAGGCGGUGCGAUUAUUGUAAUAGCUCGUUCAGAUGUUUCUAAAGGCCAUAGUGGUGUAUCAGCAUUUAUUGUACCAAUAAAUACACCAGGUUUAACAAAAGGUAAAAGAGAUGAUAAAUUAGGUAUUAGAGCCGCAUCUUCUUGUAAUAUCAUUCUGGACAAUGUUAAAGUACCAGUUAAAAAUAUGUUAGGGAAUGAAGGUGAUGGUUUCAAAAUAGCCAUGUCAGGGAUUGAUUUGGCUAGAAUAGGUAUUGCAUCACAAGCUUUAGGGAUAUCUCAAGCUGCAAUGGACUGUGCUAUUAACUAUGCUGGAAAUAGAACCGCUUUUGGUAAUGCUAUUAUUAAACUGUCGGCUGUGCAGCAAAGGCUUUCUAAAAUGGCUACACGAUUGGAGGCUUCUAGACUUUUGACAUGGAAAGCCGCGUGGUUGAGAGACAAUAAUCUACCUUUUACCAAGGCAGCAUCUAUGGCCAAGUUAGAAGCAUCACAAACAGCAACAUAUGUUACACAUAAUUGUAUACAGAUUCUUGGCGGAAUUGGAUAUAUUGCAGAUAUGCCAGCUGAACGACAUUACAGAGAUGCCAGAAUAACUGAAAUAUAUGCAGGUCCGACAGAUAUUCAAUAUUUAGUUAUUGCUGAAAAAUUAGCAAAAGAAUAUGGGUAUAAAUCUAGAUAAGAUUUCAAUAUUAAAUUCUUUAACUUGGUGGUGGACGAUUUGUUUAUAUUAUUUGUUAUAUAAUUGAUUAAGUAUACAAUAAUUAUAUUAUUACAUGUUGAUAACUACCCCGUAUUUUUCUGUCAAUUGUAUACAUAUUUUGUAACUGUUAACUAAUAAUUAGAACAUUAUACUAUUCGGACAAAUAAAAUUU